CGCGGGGGGCUGCGUGAUGUAAACGCGGAAAUAUUUUUGUGCACCUGCGGCAGAUGAGGGCGGCUGUUCGGGCAGUGAAACCAAGAGAUGUAUCCCAGCAGCUCCAGUAAAGACCAGCAGAAGUAGCAGACAGGAGGCGUGUGUGAUGACUCUGUAUCCGCUGCCUUCUUCGCUUUAGCGUCUCUGCAGCAUCAAGAUGCAGAUCCUGGUGGCCAAGCUGCUUGGCCUGCUGGGCUUGUUCGGCCUUAUGCUGGCUGGUGUGCUGGUCCCAGUGCGCCUACUGCUCGUUGACUAUGACAAAGCACAGAGAUACAGGAGGCCAUUGUCUCUGUGUAAUUCAUUUGGAGGAGGUGUGUUCCUUGCAACAUGCUUCAAUGCUCUGCUUCCUGCUGUCAGAGACAAGGUGAGCGACGUGUUCAAGCAGCUACAGAUCAGCAGCGAUUAUCCUCUGGCUGAGACAAUGAUGAUGCUCGGCUUCUUCCUCACUGUCUUCAUAGAGCAGGCCAUCCUCACCUUCAGGAAGGAAAAGCCAUCCUUCAUUGACCUCGAGACUUUCAAUGCCGGCGGCUCCGAGGCUGGCAGCGACUCUGAGUAUGAUACUCCUUUCAUCUCCUCAGCACGGGGCUCACCGAGCAAUGGCGGUCGCCACUCCCAUGGACACCACCACGGACACUUCAACCCAGCUGAGCUGGCGGGGGCGGGGCCUCUGCGGCUGGCCAGCUUGGUCCUGGCUCUGUCUGCACACUCUGCAUUCGAGGGCCUGGCACUCGGCCUGCAGGAGGACGGGGCCAAACUGGGCAGCCUCUUUCUGGGCGUGGCCGUACAUGAGACACUGGCAGCCAUCGCCCUCGGGGUGAGCGUAGCCAAGGCAUCUCUUGGCAUGAAGGACGCCACCAAGCUGGGUGUCACAGUCAGCAUGAUGAUUCCGCUGGGCAUGGUGGUGGGAAUGGGCAUCGAGUCAGUUCAGACACUGGCGGGCAGCAUAGUGUCGGUGGUGCUGCAGGGACUCGCAGCCGGAACCUUCCUCUUUGUUACCUUCUUUGAGAUCCUCACCCGAGAGCUGGAGGAGAAACAGGACCGGCUUCUCAAAGUGCUCUUCCUCAUCAUCGGCUAUGCCGCACUCGCUGCACUUGUCUUCAUCAAGUGGUGACAGACGGGAAGUGAACAGACAUGCAGUGAUGCCAAACAAUGCCAAGCAAACGCUUUAGUGAAGAAUUCAGCUGUGGGAGGCGGGAACAUGUGGUGUUUUUCAGCAUCAUCAACAGUGACUGUGGCAUUUUAAACAGAAAAUUAUUCUUCUUAAAGUCAAAUCUUUACACGUUCGAGGCCCCUGAAGGACAGAUGUUGAUUUAUUUAACAGACGCUAUAAGGACACUUUAGAUGUCCUCACAGCUUCUUUAUAGUUUAGAAUAAAAAUCAUUUUUGACGUUUAUACGCUGCUUAGAGAUGCUAAACUGGGGGCUUAAAUAGUUUUUAACUUAUUUUGAUAAACUUGACCGUUAUAGUGACUGAAUCCACAUUAAAACUGUGCAGUGGUGUUGCAGGUUUAAGGUGGCGACUGCUAUGUAGGGCCAGGCAGACAUGAGGUGUGAUCAAAACGUUCCAGGAAUAGGCCUCUGAAAAUCAAAAGCUUUAACUGAUUUAACUUUCCCAUUUAAGGUCAUCUUCUUGGGGACCUCUAGACCAUUGUCAGGACACCUGCUAUUUUUAGGUCACUUCACCUGCUAAGUCCCAUUGUUCUAAGCUUCCUCUGUCUCCUUCAGUGUCUCAAAGUGAUUCUUAAACUGUUUUUAAUUUGUGGGAAACUGCAAAGUGGUGAAAAUGCACGUGAUCUUCCGAUUCUCUCCUGGCUCCUUCGGACUUGGACGCUGUGGACUCGCCCACUGAAAACUGCUCGGUCAUAGUUCCAGCUGUAAUCUCGCACCAUGAUCCCCUGUCAAAUUUGGGUCAGUUUGAAACAGAAGUUGAUGUUUGCGAAUCACAGAGCACGCAGCGCGUGUGGUCAGAGCAGGGGUUUCAGGAAGAGGUCUUAAAAUGGCUGUCAUGCUGCAUGUGUCUGAGAAGAUAACACUGAGCAAGAGAUUUGGCUAAAUUUAAAUCUGGAAAGUUUUUUUUGUUUGUUUUUAAUGGACCUGUUUUUAUGAACUUUUUGUUCACACCUCAUAAAGCAGCUGGUGAUAUCAGACCUCUCAGGAUUCUGCCUCACUGAUGCCGCUUCUGACGUCUUGCAUCUUCUCAGUUUUAGUGUAUUUGUUUUAACGUGCAUUCAGGACUAAACAUGGGUUCAAACAGUUUCCUUCGUUAAAGACAGGAGUGGCACUUAGGUAUAAAAUACUACAUUCCAAUCUCCAAGUGAAGUUGAAUCCUGCUGUCCGCAAGUGGCGAAAAUGUUUGUCCUCCAUUUCUUAUUGUCUGUAGCGUCAGGAAAACCUCAGCUGAUAAGCUUUUGCAACUUAGUGUGAAGUGAAUUUUUCACUAAAGUUUCGUGGACAUUCAGGUUUCCACAGAGUCUGGUGUGAAGUUCUGUUAGUACACGUUUGGUGCGAACCACUUCAGAGAAUGCAGGGGUCCUGAAACUAAACAAUCAGGCAAAACAUGAAGUAAAACUUUUCUUUUCUUUUUUUAGGAGUGAAAAAGGUGUUUGCUCAUGCUCUGCACUGACCUUUAUUUUACUAAAAUGCAGCUUCUAUCCUUUAUUGUUGAUCAUCAGUAGAUUGGGACAUGAUUGGUUUUUUUUGUUUUUUUUUCAUACUCUGAAGUGGGGCCUGCCAGAAAAAGUGAGAACUACUGCUGCUGAGAUUCUGGUUCCACAGGGUUAGGGUUAGGGUAUCUUUACCUGUUUUUGUUUAUCUCAUAAUUCAUACAAGUGGAGUGGAGACAAAAUUCCAAAUGUUGGACUGACUCUGGAAGUCAACAGAAUGACAGAGGUGCAGUAUCGGGGGCAUUUAUUUAUGCCAAACAAGUCUAAAAGUUUAAAUAUUUACUAUUUAUCUACAGGCUUUGAGAACUCCUCAGCAAACUACGUUUUUUUGAAACUUUCGCUUAGAGGACUCAGACCUGGAAUCAGACUUUACUGUCUGUGAACCCGGCCCCGUCCCUCAGCCUACAUGUCAGAGCUGUGAACCAAAGGUGAAUCCCAGAUUUUUUUCUGUCUGUAUGUUUACGCUCUUCAGUUGCUCUUUUACUCAGACUUGUUUUUAUAAACCUGCUGUUUUCUUCGAAAUCUCCACACAAACACUCCGGAGCCUUUGUUUCCCUGUGUGUUCAUAGUGAGACCUGGUUCAGUUUGUAUUUAUGAAGGUUUUUGUCAUCUUGUCAUUCGUAUGUCACAUUUUUUUGAAAGAGAGUGUGUGUGUGUGUUAGUUGGAAAUAAACUAAUAAACUGAUUAUCUGAUACAUC